AUGGAGCCAGGCCAUGGCAAGGCACGGCUGCACAUGCAGCAUGUUUACAUCCACAGCUUUGGCUCCCACCGCUGUGGAUUCAUCAUCCGCUAUGGCAAGGGCUGCCAGCAGGCUGAGAGGGACGGGGCUGGGAGCCUGCUUUCCCGGCAGAGCCUCACGAACAGGAGCAGGGGGCAGAGCGCUGCCCAGGUGCUGAGGGAAGAGGCUGACCUUGAGAUGAUGGCUGCUGCUGAUGGGAUGCAGGCCACAAGGAGCUGUGGUGGGGUGAAGCAUGUCAGCCUGCGCCCUGGUGACCCUCGAGAGGAAAAGGCUGAUGCCUUUGACUUCCCCUUCCCUUCAAGAAAUGUUGAAAAAGUAAUCAAACGAAAGAAAAAGAAGUCCAAAGUCUGGCUUAAAGUCUGGAAAGUAAUUUCAAAAAUGCUUGAAGAAAAUGAAACGUUCAGACAUCGACUGUUGACUAGCAGUCAGUUCAGUGAAGAAGAUCUGGAAAAUUAA